CAGGGACGAAAACGGAAACUAUUCAAUAGACCAGGUUCACAAGAAAUGAAUGACCUGAUGGAAGAGAUGGAUCUUGACUCGAUGUUUCCCCAAGGCAUGCUCGAGAAAUGCCCAUCAAAAUCUACCAGGUCAUCUGUGGCUUUGUAUAGUAAUCAUGACACAUUACUCAUUAUUGACACUUUAAAAGACCAGAAAAAACAACGUGAACAAGAAGAGAUCUAUUCUCAGCUCGCAGACAUCAACAAACGUGUUCAUCAGGCAUUGGAGAAGGUUGGACUAGAGGGUGACAAGAACAUUGAUGAAGAUGAUGAUGAUGAUGUCACCAUGGCAACAGGUUCAGUCAAGCUCCCGCCAAUAUAUGACACUCCCACAGAUAGGGUUACAAUGAUGGAACAGGACUACAUUAUUGAGCGCCUGGACAGUUUUGAGGAAAAGGCUGUCCUUCGGAAACAAUACCUCAAGGAGGUUAACUCGUGGUUCCAGAAUAACCUCGAAAUGGCAAGUGACGUUGUUACCUCAGAUGAGAUGAAUGCCAUGAUCAAGGAAGCCCAGGAGCUUAACAAAAGAAUCAGAUCCUGUUUUAGGACAAUGGUGGCCAAAGGUGACAUGGUCGUAAAGAAGGGGAGAGAACUCCUAGAGGAGACUUCCAAGAUUAUUGAAGAGAGGCGAGCUCAGAUGCAAAAGAAAACUAGGAGGGAGAAAAUCAUUGUAUAUGAUGACAAGAUACUAUUGGAGGACCCAAUAAAGUGGGAGAGCUCGGCCAAUACGAUCAUCUCCGUGUUUGAGGACAGUCACAAGAUGAUCAAGAAUGUCAUGUUCAAAAACGCCCUGAAACUGGGUCAGAAGCAGUUCGAAUACCUGAUGACGGCAAGUGACAAACGCAGUAAGGAGCUAGACGAUAAAAAAAAACAAUGCAUGGAGUUACAAGGGAAGCUUCACCACGCCAAGAUACUGGCAGACCGGCAGGCACGUGAGAUUGCCGACCAGAAGAGACAUAUGACAAAACUUAAGCAGGAAAUCGCCGACACAAAUAAGGCUUUGGAAGAAGCCCUGGAGAAGAACCGGCAAAUUAAGCUGAAGGUUGUUGGGCUCAACUCCAAAAUCCUCUUCCUUGAAGGGCAAAUAAAGGAGAUGAACCAAAUUCCAACCACUCCACCACCUCCACCAACUCCCCCAACCCCUCCGGAACCUGAGAUAGUGUAUGUGAAAGUCGUGGACUCUAGCAUAGAACUACAGUUACAUGAGGUCCAGGAGGAACUAAACACCGCAAAAGGACAGAUUGAGGAAAAUCUGAACAGAAUCAAGGACCUGGAGCAGCAACUAGCCUCGGAACAAGACCGCAGGCAGCAGCUGGAUUCAAGGUUGUUGGAAUUAGAGACUACGCCAGUGACCCUGCCUCCAACCAACACGCCCACUGAAAGUCCCGUACCUGAGGAACGGGAUUCAAGCUACUACAAAACACUGAUGGCCGGCAUGAAGAGUGAGUUUGAAAUGGAGAUGGGGAAAGUGAAGUCCUACAUCAAGAGAGAGAAAAACAGAGGUGAGGCAACUAUACGCAAGAUGGAGCUCCUGCAAAAGGACCAGUACGUGUCAAUACAGCGUGACACGAUGCGCAUGUUACGUGCCAUCAUGCAUUUCCGGGACCACAUGUUGACUUGCAUGGAGAAAGAGGACCUCAUUGACCAGGCACAGACCCUUUACGACCUCAGGGACAUCACUGAUGUCAAGCCUACAUCUGAUACCAGAGAGCUACUUACAACGGUUGCCAGCUCAGUAGUUGAAUAUCUUAACAACAUUGAGGCUAUACUGAGCAGUGCUUUCCUUGCGUUGAAAAUUUUCAUGAAGUACCAAAUAGAUAAACAGGUUGAGUACGAGGUUCAGCAGCGGAUGAUAAAGGAAAGGAAAGAAAUGCAGAAUAAGCUGGCCGUACAAGAAGUGCAGAGGAGAGACUCGAUCGUGAAGUCCAAGGAGAAAGAUGUGAGCGGUUUGGCAAAGAAAUUAAAGAAAGCCAACCAGAAAAUUAAGAAAACGAGGAUGGAUAUAAAUACAUUCAACCCUGACCCGAAAUACCAGAGUUUGCUGCUUCGAUACCAAAACAUGAUGAAGAUGUACCUGAAAACACAGUCAGAGAUGGAAACCCUACAAAAUGAUUUCCAUGACACAAUGAAGAACAAGAAGAAACUUGACGAAAAAGAUCAUCUUAUUAUCGCCAAAAUACACAUGGAAAUGAAACAGAAUUGUGUGAUACCAGCAGAAGAAUUAAAGACAUCAGCUGUGGAUAAACGUGAGAACUUACGCAGAUUGAAAUUUGCCUAUGACGAGAACAAGAUCUCUCACAACCUUUACCAGAUGUCAUGUGCAAUAAUUCGCAAAACCAUGGAGAUCCCGCAACAGAAGCUACAUUGCUUUUUUGAACAGUACAUCGCCUACCGAGCUGUCCAGGACACUAAAGAACACGUGCUCCAUAUUUUGUCCGAAGAUGAAGACCUGGCAGCAGACACGCGGGAGGAAAUGAAACAGUAUAUGACCAUGUUGGAUGGACGCCUCAAUCGCAUUAUGCGUGACUGGAGAUCUAAAAUGACAUCGCUCGAGAUGGAACAAGUGGAAAUGAACAAAAAAAUAUACAGACUGUUUAACGAGGUUCUGCUGGAAACAGGCCUCCUGCUUGUUCAUCCACAUCUGAAGGGAAGAACCCGACGGAAUCUUGCAACUAAGGCUGCAACUCAGGUCACACGUAACCAGAUGAAGGAGUUGCUCAUCAAACGGAGGUCACAAACUAUGCGGACGUUACUAGAGCUGCCUAGUGAGAUUCAGGGGAGCGCCGUACCGCUGCAGUCUCCCACGGAAAAAUUCUGGCAAACAUCUAAAGUUGAGUCGGAACUCGCCCCUUCUAUUGAGUCUCCCCAUAUGCUGGCUUACGAAAUCAACAAACCAAGAAUCUGUGCUACCAGGGGUCUUCGUGCUAGACGACAGAUAUUUAAGAUAGGGAGGACCGAAAGUUUCCACAUUGACGCCAAUAAUUACCUAGAUUUAAUCCGGAACACUAAUAAGCCUCGUUACUACGGCAAAUGGCACUUGCUUCAACCCAGUAACAGUGACCACGCGCACUCGCACUUACCUGGUAACGGUAACCAUGAAAACGGGCACUUGCAAACAUCCGGUCAUCACGACAGCGCACAUGUGCAAAUUAGUGCGUAAUGUUUAAGUUUGGAUCAAACUUGUUAUGUUAUUUUUUAAGCAUUG